AUGUCUGCGGAUUCAGAAGAAGAAAUCGAAAUUCCAAUCGAAGCUUACCAAGAAUACAUUACUGCAGCUCUUAAAUUUGCGCCUUUGAACCUGUCAGAUAAAAAUAACUUGGCUAGCUUAGUGGACAAUGUUGUUGAUCAAAUAUAUUCUAAAUAUGGUGAAUAUCUUUCUGCAAAUAAAUCGGAUAGCCUUAAAAAAAUGUUGAAAAUUAAGCUUCAGGGCCAAAUGAACGUACUUUUUGACGAGUUCGAAAAUUUCAUGUUAACAAGUGUUUUUAACAUCGAUGACAAUGCUGUCCUUCCUGAAGAUAUGCCUCAAACCACGUACUCGAGUAAAAAACACGAGUGGAUUAAGGCGAAGAUUAAAAAACACGAGGAGCAAGUUUUUUUGUUGAAAUCUGCUGAAGAACGCGUAAAUGAAGAAUUAGCUAACAUUAAAAUCCUUCAAAAUGAUUUGAAUAUCGCCUCUGCGGAGGUUGGAAAUGCAGUAAAAAGGCUUUUUGGUGACUCCACAAUUCAAGAUGUUUGCAGUUUCGUCGAAGAGUUGAAGCAGUCUCGGCGUCGUUCUGAUGCAUCCUAA